GAAAAUUUUUUUAUUGCCAAAAUUUGUUCUUUUCAAAAAAUAAAUUUUUUUAAUUUUAUAAUUCCCAAAAUCGAUAAUAUUCAUAAUUUUGAAAAGUAUGAAUAUUCAGCACAUAGGUAAACACUCACCCUCGGAUAAAGGAGUAGUGAUAGAUCUAAACGUUGGUGGCAUUCUAUACAAUACGUUAAAGAGUACUCUGUUGGGAAAGAAUCUCAAAUUUUACCAUAGAAAUAUAGAAGAAGGUACUAAUAAGAAUGCUUUGGAUCACAUGGCGCAACAAUUAAUGGCUCCGACCCCAAUGCCAAUCACUCUUCCAACCCUAUUCGACGAUAUAUUUCACGAUAUCGAGUUGAAUGAAACCAAAAAUCCUAGUAAUCACACCAUACACAAUAUAACACACGUUAAAAAUACACCAUUGACUUUUAUGUUAAUAUCGUCCAAAGAAAAUGAAAAGGUUAUAUUCUUGGAUAGGGACGGACAACUAUUCCGCUACAUACUAGAUUACAUGCGAACUGGGGAACUCGCAUUACCUUUAAAUUUCGCUGAUUUUUCGGCUCUCUCAAAUGAAGCCAAAUUUUAUCGCUUACCUCAUAUGGAGAUGUUAAUAGCCAAUAUUAUGGAUGAAAAGACACAUCUGUUACAAAAAUUAUCUUUAGCAGCUCCGAGUCGAGACGAGUUUAGGAUGACCGAUGCUAAAGGAGGAAUCGACUUAAAUUAUCGAGAAAAUGGUUAUGUAACUUUGGGUUAUAGAGGCACUUUUGCUUUUGGUAGAGAUGGUCAAGCUGAUGUCAAGUUUAGGAAGAUGACAAGAAUUUUAGUCUGCGGGAGAGUUAGCCUAUGUCGUGAGAUUUUUGGUGAUACUCUAAAUGAAAGCAGGGAUCCCGACAGAGGUCAUUAUGAGAGAUACAGCUCGCGAUUUUUCUUAAAACAUAACUUUUUGGAGCAAGCCUUCGAUGAUCUUCAAAGAUGUGGUUUUAAGUGCGUGUGCGCGUGUGGAUCAUCAACUUCAUCCGCUUGCAAAGUUGAUUUGGGUAAACCAUCCAUGGAUAACGAAGAAAAUAAAUGGAAUCAUUACAAUGAAUUCGUUUUCUGUAGACCUUAAUUUAUAUUUAUACUUUUUUCGUAAAAAAUUUUUUUUUUUACUACGUUCGAAAAAAAUAAGUAUAAUUAUAAAAUAUGAUAAUGCAAUGAUUCUUGUCAUUUUCAAUAAAUAAUGUCUUCUCAAUUGGUU